ACCAAUCAUUUCAGUUUAUUCACUGGCUAAACUCUACUUGAUUGGGGACAAGCACACAAACCAUCCAUUACGAUCUGAUAUAUUAUCCAAACAAUUUAGUGUAUUCAUGAGGUAACCUAAAUGUGGAGGCUGCAAAAUUACCCGUAAUCAAUUGAAACAGCGAGUGCGCGUCCCUCUGUGUGUCUAACAACUACAUGUCUCUGUAAUAAGGCAGACAUUAAAUCAUUUUAGAGUUGUACUGUUGAGUACCUGAUCACUGGGCGCUCUGGGAAGCUGGACACUCACAUUAGGACGCUGGGACUGAGGAAGCCGCUGCUUUUCCAGUGGGAUAAAACCCGAUCUUCCUUACUCAAGGUGCUUUACAGAUCCCCACCGACCUCACCCUAAGUCGUGCAAUAUCCAGCAUAGACUUCGUCUUCUUCUUCUUCUUCUACUCUUCUAUAAUUUUUUUGUUAUCGUUGUUGGCGCUUUUUUUUUUUUGGUGUUUUUUUUUUUUUGUUUUGUUUUUAUUGCACUACAUGUUUGGGAAACAAGACAAAAUGGACGUUAGAUGCAGUUCAGAGACUGAAGCUAACCGGGUCUCGAAGAACGGACAUAAAGAGGGCAAGGAAAGCAAAGGGUCUGAAGGAAAUAUUUCUACUUCUUUUUUGAAGGAUCAGCAAGGGACUUUUUCUGCCUCUGCAGCUACGGAAGGUUGUAAUAAAAGUAAAUCUAGUUCGGCUGAUCCGGACUAUUGCAGGAGGAUCCUAGUUAGAGAUGCCAAAGGUUCAAUCCGAGAGAUUAUUCUACCUAAGGGGCUUGAUCUGGACCGUCCCAAGCGGACCCGCACCUCCUUCACGGCCGAGCAGCUCUACCGCCUGGAGAUGGAGUUCCAGCGCUGCCAGUACGUGGUGGGGCGGGAGCGCACCGAGCUCGCCCGCCAGCUCAAUCUCUCCGAGACUCAGGUCAAGGUCUGGUUCCAGAACCGGCGCACCAAGCAGAAGAAAGACCAAGGCAAGGACUCCGAGCUGCGCUCGGUGGUGUCCGAGACCGCCGCCACCUGCAGCGUGCUGCGGCUCCUGGAGCAGGGCCGGCUGCUGUCCCCGCCGGGGCUGCCGGGCCUGCUGCCGCCCUGCGCCGCGGGCGCGCUGGGCUCGGCGCUGCGCGGGCCCGGCCUGGCGGCGGCUCCGGGCGGCGGCAGCGCGGCGGCGGCUCCGGGCGGCGGCGGCGGCGGCUCCCCGCACCCUCCGGCCGCCAGCGGCGCGGCCGGGCCCCCGCCCGCGGCGCUGCACGGGGCGGCGGCGGCGGGCCACGGGCUCUUCGGGCUGCCGGUGCCCGCGCUGCUGGGCUCGGUGGCCGGCCGCCUGUCCUCCGCGCCGCUGGCCGUGGCCGGCUCGCUGGCGGGCAACUUGCAGGAACUGUCGGCCCGCUACCUGAGCUCGUCCGCCUUCGAGCCCUACUCCCGGACCAACAAUAAAGAGAGCGCUGAGAAAAAAGCACUGGACUGACUCUAAGUACCUUCCCCCCCUAUUUAUAUUUAUAGUCUCUAUUUGUGGCGGUAUUUAUGGGACGGCAGCCUUGCCCCCGCUCCGGGCCGCCCCCAGCCCCGCGGCGCGGCUCCCUCCGCGGGCCGGGGCGGAGCGGGGCCCGGAGCCCGCGGGGCCGGGCCGGGCCGGGGGCUGCGGGCGCCUCCCGGUGCGCUGCCCCUGCCCCGCCGUCCGUCUGUCCGGGCGGGAGGGGCGGUCGCGCUGUCCGGGAAGGGACGCAGAGGGUCAGCGGCCGGGGCGAGGCUCGGCCGGGCUCCCUUCCAUCGGCUCUGGCCAAUGCCGAGCCAGGGAGCGGGGUUUCGGAGAGAGGAGGAUGGAGCUGCCAGGUGAUGCCCGUUUUUGGGGUGGUUUUUUUUUGUGUCUCCCGGACUCAGUGAUUUGUAAGCACAAAGGUUUUUGGGGCCCCGCCUGUGGUCCCCGUGUACCCCCACACUCGCUGCACUACAGCCCCGAGCGAGCCCUUAGCACCCGUCAGGAAACCCUCCAGCAACUUUUCUUUUUCACGGGAAAUCUUGAACGUGGGAAGGGCCGAAACGGACUGAACGUACAGUCACGAAUAGGGGAGACAGAAACCAGUGGCUGCAGAAAUUUUGCAUAAAAUUGUCUCUUCCUUCGAGAUAACACAACGUUCCCCCCAUUUUUCCCCCUUUUUUCCUUUUUUUUUUUUUUUAAAUUUGAAUUCCGACGGGCCUGUCCCGCAAAGCUUAUCUGCAAAAACAAGUCUGCGGAUAAAUCAUGGAACUCAUGAAUCUAUUUGUAUCUAGAUCUGUUGCUAUCGUAAUUUAAAUUUUUUUUUGCUCUGUUUGAUAUUUCCAAAUAAUUUCAGUGUUCAUCUAAACACAAAAAAACCCUGUAGCCUUCCUUCCUCCUAAAACAACCCUCUCGCAAAUCGCUCACACUUCAUUUAAAACGAACGUAAAAUAUAAAAAGCGUAUCUUUUAUUGUUAUUUUUGUACUUUAAAACAUAUCUAUGUAACAAACUUCUUUUUUUAUUUCAUAAUUCUUACUGCUAUUUUCUCCACAAACAUAUGUAUUUCACCUUCUAGUAUUCUGAAUCGAAUAUUUUCUUUCAAUUUUGGUACUUGAAUUUGCCACAAAAGGGAUGCUGUACUUAGGUAGUUCUUUGGGGGAAAAAUUUAUUUACUUUGGUUUUAAGUUUCUUUUCUUUCUUUGAACUUUAACACAUGGCGUUUACAAACUGUAUAAAUACGUGCCACCAAACUGUAACCAAAAAAGAAAAAAAAAAUUACAAAAAGUGGAAUGGUUGCUGUAGAAUAUAGAAUUAACUAUAGACUGGACAGAAGGAGCUGGAUGAAAAGAAAAUAGUAAUUUUAUUGUAAAUUAUUUACGUCUGAAGUUUCUAGGCAACUAGUCGAAAAAAUAAUGAAUGAAUCGAGCGCUGAGCCCUUGCUACUAACUUUUGUUCUGAAUGUUUUGGAUAUUUGGAUGUUUUGUAUUUAUGUGGUGAGAGUGAAAUAUAUUAUAUCUAUAUGAUG